AAUGGAGCUAAACUAAACUAAAUUGAAAAACGAAAUCCCCAUGACAAACGCAAGAAACAGGAAAGCAAGAACCGGAAGAAACAGCCAAUAUACAGAACGAGCCAGCACACCGUUUUCUCAUACGGUUGGCCCCGGAAUUAGGCGCCUCGAUUGCUUGCUAGCCGCCGGAUUAAUCUUUCCCUAAGAUUGGUCGGAAGAAGAACAGCCCAAUCGCGGUUCAUCAGAAGUAACUCUUUUUUUUUUCCUUUUUUUUUUCCUUUCUUUUUCUUUUUAGUUCCUAGAUCGACAAGGCGAGUUGGUUGGGUACUUGGGUUGGUUUGCUUCAGGUGAAACUGCUGAGAGCAGAUUCUUGGAUUCCUUGACUUCAAAGUUUGCAUGUUGCAAGUGGAUUAUCUUCUGUUUCUGGGAUCUGCCCAUCUGGGGAAUUGCUCCUGCGUCAGCCUCUUAGAUUGAAGUCAGAGCAGGAGGCUUGGUUUUAGUUAUCCUGUUUAGAUAAUUUGUGUCACAUCUAAUAACAUGCAGGGGAUUGAAUCUCCCCACCCCCAAAAAAAGGUUGCUUCACAUGUAGGACCUGAUUUCCUUAUAUUACGUAGAAAUUCUUAGUUGAUUCACCUAUUUUUUAGGCUCAUUGAUUUUAAUUUUUUUCCCUACAUGACUAUUUGAUUCUCCCUCAGCGCUCAACCUGUAUAUAAGGUCGUACUCUGAAUUUUGUGACUGGGCUUGUGGAGCUUAUAUGAUGAAUAGCUUGUGCUCUUCUAAUAUCUGGGGUAUAUAAGAAGGUUCAAGUCCUUAUUUUCUUUUUCUCCUGGGCUAUCUUUGAUAGUAAGUCAAGUAGUUUUAAGAAUGCAUCUCACAGUGAGGGACAAGAUCUUGCUUCUAAUGCCACUAUAAUCUUUUUCAGUCAUGUUUACCAAACAUUUCUUGGCUCAUGUUGGCAACCUUGAAUGUUGGACACUAUGAACUCUGCCUUCAUUUAUUUGCUCAUCCAGAUUAUAGGACUCUGCCUUCAGCUUUUUUCUGUGUUCCUCAUCCAAUUUUUAUGCAUAGUGCUAUCUUGGUGUCUCAAUAACUGGCCUUGUUGUUAUGGUGUCAACAAACACCUAGUACAAUAUGUAGUCCAGAUAGCCUACUUUUAAUCUGAUUAGGCAUAACACCAUACAAAUAAGACUGUUGAUUUACUCUGAUGACUUUAUAUCCUUGGCAUUCUUCUGUCAAAUCAUGUAUUAUAAGGGUGAACUUUGUAUUCUACUUGUAUGUUUUACCUAGAAAUUCUUAUCCGUUUUCAUAUUCUUCUCUGUGUGCUAGUGCUUCUUUUGACUUUUAUUUAUGGUCCACCCUUUAUGUGCAUAUACAUUUCAGGCUCAGGUUUUAGUGGGAUAUGAUGAAGCUAAAAAGUAGACGACUGCUGUUCUACAAGGAUGUUGAGCCAGAAGACUGCCAUUCAGGCUCAGGUCAUCCACAUUUGACCGCUCAAGCCAAGUUUGCAGCCAUGAACAUGCAGACUGAAGAUGUCAAGACUCGUCGACCAGUUCAAGUCAAACGAAGUAGAUGGGUUCUUGGUGAUGUUACCGAGGUGUUGGAUCAUAAUUCUUGGAGACUUGGGAAGAUUACAGAAGUGCUGAAGAAUGACUGUUUUGUCAUCAGGCUAGCAGGUUGCAUCCAACCAAGAGAAUUCCACAUAUCUUGCUUGAGGAUUCCACAUGAUAGCAAGCAGUUGACUGUAGGAGACAGGGUCAUUGAACUGAAUAAACCAAUCCGAUUUGCUGACUGCUCCUCUCAUCACUCAAAAUUUGUGAUGGAACAGGACCAUCAAGCCUAUGAAGAGGUUGAUCACUAUGCUAAGAGGAAAGCAGCCAAUAUUUGUGCUUCCACUGGUGCUAGAGCUGUCAAGAGAAAACUAGAAGCAAGUAGGAUUCCACCUAAUGAUUUAGUUAGAAGAACAGGCAAGGAACGGAAAGUAGCUGCAUAUGAAUUUCGUCAGUUAACCAAGAAUGAGUUGCCUCUGAAGGUGUCUGCUAGGAAUGCCAUCGAUGGAGAUCACUUUCAUAGGUCUUUAAGUAGCAGAUACAAUGAUCUUACCAAGAACAUUUCUGAUAUAAAACCAGUUUGCAAAUUUCUUCCUUUGUCUGAGAAACCUUUGCGCGUCAGAGAAGAGAAUGAGUGCUCAGUGGCUAGUUGCAGCGCAAAUUAUUCAGAGUACAGUACCAGUGAUAACCAACAAUCAGUUGGAAUCGGCAAUAGUUUCCCUGAUGAUGUUAUGUCUGCAUGUCAAUCUGGGCAGGAGAUUAAGAACACCUAUGGCUCUGGUUUAUUUCUGAAUGUCCAUGAGCUGGAGCUGCAAGCAUACCAAUCCACUGUCAGAGCUUUCCAUGCUGCAGGACCCCUGACAUGGGAGCAAGAGUCACUACUGACAAACCUGCGCCUCUCGCUCAACAUCUCAAAUGAGGAGCACUUGCUUCAGUUGAGGCAUCUCUUAUCUAUUUGAAAAUUUUGAAAAACUAAUAUGCUAUUUUAUACUGUGGAAUACCUCCAACUCAUAGAGAUCUCCACAGCCUUGUAGCAUCCGUUUUCCACCUUGAUGGUGUUGUAUAUAAAGAAGAGUUCAGAGAAAUUCACCUAUAGUUGUACUCCACCAAAACUUUGUUGUUAGGAGUAAACGAGGCUUUUAAAUGUAAAGCUAUCGUCGAAACUUAUUAGUCAUGUUGAUAAUCAAGUUUGAAAUAUCAGUUUCUUCAAAGGAAGCUGAAGUAUCAAUUGUAUGAUUUCACUCAUUUUAUCUUUUCUUUGGUAUCAUUCUGUACAUUGGUGACUAUAAAUGAUUCACCAUCUAUAGUUCCUGCUUCAGAUA